AUCGCACGCCAAGGAAUCAAACUACACGAUCUUAUGCCUCUACAUCUUCAACGAGAACAUCUCAGGCUCGCAACCCUCGUGAAAAGUCUCCUUAUCACCAUCGAUCCAGUAUUCAUUCUUGGAUAAGUUCUGAUUCUGAACUUUCUGAUAGUGAUUAUAAUCAAAAUAAGAGAAAUGACGAUUCUCGGGUUCGAUUGAAUGCCUUAGGAUGCUUGCAAAGCAUUGCGCGAACAUCUCCAAAAUUAUUAUAUCCCUAUUGGAAUAAAUUUCUCCCUGAUGCACGAACUUUGUCUUUCUCUACCUCGCCCUCGCUAUUUACCAUAAUAUCAUGCGACCCAAUUCAAACAGUUCGCGUUGCAGCAUGUUCUUCUAUAACAACUUUGAUCGAUGGGUCUAAACAAUACUUAUCGCUCGCAGAUGAUAGGGAACUUAAAUCUUCGUUCACACCUCUGUCUGUUAAUUUGGGUGCAAUUGUACGUCAACUUCAUCAUGAAUUGAUUAAUGCUUUAAGAGACGAACAACAAACAAUCAUGCUCCUACAAUUGCUUAAGUGCUGUAAUGUCCUGGUGAAUAAUGUCGCAUAUGAUCGUCUUUCUAGCGGAUAUUUAUCGCGUCUUUUUAACGCAGUUUUGCCGUUGUUAUUUUUUAAAGAUACCUCAGUACGAAUUUCUGUAUUUAAUUUAAUCUCUGCCAUGAUAGAAUCCAAGUCAAAUACAGAUGAAAUUGCAAUUUUUCUUCAAGAACCAUUGAUAGAAAUUUCAAAAUCCGAAUUAAAAAUAUCACCUAUGACAGAGGGAAAUUCACGAAUGAAUCUAUUGACGUUUCUUAUAGCCUUGAUUAAUGAUUCUCAACAGCCUUCCGCAUUACGAAUAGAGGCAUGGGGCGUAUUAUGUGUCUGUACACAUUUGCAUUUCUUGCUCAUACGGCAAGUAAAAAUACCAUUCUCUCGAUGGACACAACUGGAUAAUCUUAUAUCUGCAGAUUUACAGAGUGAAGAUCUUAAUAUAAGAGCAGCAGCUAUGAAAUUUCUUGAAGAAUAUGCUAAAGCAGCCGCAGCUUAUUUUAAUCCAUCUGAUCAAAAUAAUAAUGAAAACGAAAGAACUAUAGAUCGUAGUAAGAAUGCUGACACAAUGCCAGUUUCUGAGUUACUUCAAUGGUGGAUAUUCACACUGGAUUAUUACAUACAAAAGUCCGCUUCAGAUACUUGCCAUGCUAUCCGUGCUUUGACCUGCGAUUGUUUAUCUCAUAUUUCGUCAAGCAUUUUUUCUGAAUUGCCGACAGAUCGGGCUAUGUAUUCUAUCACACUGCUAUUACGAAUGGUUCAAGAUGAAAGUCCCAAUGUACGUGCUUCUGCAUGUCGAGCUUUAGGUGUAUUUAUUCUUUUCCCUUGCCUUUCUGAGGACACUAUUUUUGCUACGGAUAUGGCAUUGUCCGUAAUUCAAAAUAUUUCGGAUACAACCUUACUUGUGCGUAUAAGAAGUAGUUGGGCACUAGGAAAUUUAUGUGACUCAUUAGUAACAUUAAGUGAAGUUCGUGGAAACCAGGAAAUUUCAAGUUCUGUGCUUGAUUUCUUGACGGUUGAUAUGUUUAACAAGAUUGUUGGAGCUGCUCUUGCUGCAUCUGUUGACAACGAUAAGGUCCGAGUAAAUGCGGUUCGGGCAUUGGGAAGCCUUAUGCGAAUUAGCCCCGAGAGAUACUUAUUAAAAGAACAAACGGGAUUGGUCAAAGACGUUGUCUUGUCAUUAACGAAAAACUUUGAUCAUGGGUCACUAAAAGCACGUUGGAAUGCAUGUUAUGCCGCCGCGAAUAUGUUACGUAAUCAAAAUUUUCCUAUUGGGAGCAACGAUUGGACCACCACACUAUACGAUUCUCUUUCAAAAGCCGUAAGAUCAUCAAAAAAUUUCAAGGUGCGAAUUAAUGCUUGUUUGGCUCUUGCAAUGCCAAAUUCCAGGGAAAAAUUUGGAAAUGUGAGAAUGUUUAGCAGAAUUUUCGAGGUGAUCGUGGUAGCCUUGGAGAAUGCGGAUAACAUGACUGAGACUGGGUUUGAAGAAUAUAAAUAUCAAGUAAAUUUGAAAUUACAGUUGUUGGAAACUUAUGAACAUUUGAAAAAAUUGGUAACCGAUGAUGAUAAAGUUUACAUUCAGCCUUUAAUUGAACGAGUGUCGAAUUGUCCUGCAUUUAAAAAUAUUGAAAUUCUAGCGAUGAAAAGUAACCAAGGACUCAGUUGA